ACACUUUCUCUAGUUAGAAGAAUCUCUUAAAUUCCCCACUCUCUCUCUCUCUCCACCGUUCCUCCCUGCAACGACGUCGUUUCCCCGAUCGCAUCGUCACCGAUCCCGGAGAAUCCAACUCGAAGGGUCACAACCACCACCACAACCACCACCGUUAAUGCGCAAUUCGAAUUCCGAAUCCUAACCGGAAUCAACCGAAGACAGUUCCACUAGAAUCGCUGGUUCCGUUGAUUUUCAAUUUCCGGCGCCGGCGAUGACUCGUCUGGUCGCUUAGCUCGAAAUCGAUCUCGCCGAAGUUGAGAUUCUCCCUCUCCAGCUUCCGCCCGGCACCGCCACUUCCUAUUUGUUUCAAUUUCCGUUGUUGCGGCGGAGCGAUGGCGACGAAGGUGGUUUACGAAGGGUGGAUGGUGCGGUAUGGCCGCCGUAAGAUCGGGCGAUCGUUCAUCCACAUGAGGUACUUCGUGCUGGAGUCGCGGCUGCUUGCAUAUUACAAGAGGAAACCGCAGGAUAAUCAGGUUCCCAUUAAAACACUGCUAAUUGAUGGCAACUGUAGAGUAGAGGAUAGAGGCUUGAAGACCCAUCAUGGACAUAUGGUUUAUGUUUUGUGUGUUUACAACAAGAAAGAAAAGAACCAUCGAAUUAUGAUGGCAGCAUUUAAUAUCCAAGAGGCCCUAAUCUGGAAGGAAAAAAUUGAGUAUGUCAUUGAUCAGCAUCAGGGAGCACAGCCAUCAAAUGGCAACAAGUAUAUUUCUUUUGAGUACAAAUCUGGAAUGGACAAUGGGAAGACAGCUUCUUCCUCAGACCGUGAAAGCCAGUUCAGUGCUCAGGAGGAUGAAGAUGAGUCUCAACCAAAUUUGUUAAGGAGGACAACAAUUGGAAAUGGUCCUCCUGAAUCAAUUUUUGACUGGACACGAGAAAUUGAUUCAGAUUUGUCAAAUCAGAAUAUCAAUAACCAAGCAUUUUCAAGAAAGCAUUGGCGUCUUUUACAAUGCCAAAAUGGACUUCGUAUUUUUGAAGAACUUCUUGAAGUUGACUACCUUCCAAGGAGCUGUAGUAGAGCUAUGAAGGCAGUGGGUGUUGUGGAGGCCAGUUGUGAAGAAAUUUUUGAGCUUGUAAUGAGCAUGGAUGGGACACGGUUUGAAUGGGAUUGCAGUUUCCAACACGGUAGUUUAGUUGAGGAGGUGGAUGGGCAUACCGCUAUUCUCUAUCACCGACUUCUGCUGGACUGGUUCCCAAUGUUUGUAUGGCCUCGUGAUCUUUGUUAUGUACGUUACUGGCGGCGAAAUGAUGAUGGAAGUUAUGUGGUUUUAUUUCGCUCUAGGGAACAUGAGAAUUGCAGUCCACAGCCAGGGUGUGUUCGGGCACAUAUUGAGAGUGGAGGAUAUAAUAUUUCCCCUUUAAAACCUCGAAAUGGGAGGCCCAGGACACAAGUCCAGCAUCUUAUGCAGAUUGAUUUAAAGGGUUGGGGUGCAGGUUACGUACCAUCUUUUCAGCAGCAUUGUCUCCGCCAAAUGUUAAACAGUGUGGCUGGUUUACGUGAAUGGUUUGCCCAAGCGGAUGAAAGGAGUGCUCCUCCUCGAAUUCCCGUAAUGGUUAAUAUGUCCUCAACAGCUGUCUCUUCAAAGGGUCAGAAGCCAAAUGAUUUAUCUAUGCAUCCUACUUCCCUCGAUCAAAUAAAUUUUGCAAGUAGAAAUUCUGCUUUGAUGGAUGAAUAUUCUGAUGAAGAUGAAGAUUUUCAAAUAGCAGAACCUGAGCAAGAGGCAUUCCAAAGUGAUCUUGAUAAUGAUGUGAGAAGAAUAGCCUUGGAGGAAGAACCAGCAACUGUGAUUGACUUAUCUUCCUUCUCGGGUAAUUUACGCCGAGAUGAUCGUGAUAAUGCUCGGGACUGCUGGAAAAUUUCUGAUGGAAAUAACUUCAGAGUCAGAAGCAAGCAUUUUUGCCAUGACAAAUCAAAGGUUCCUGCGGGCAAGCAUUUGCUGGAUCUUGUUGCUGUUGAUUGGUUUAAGGACUCAAAAAGAAUGGACCAUGUGGCUAGGCGUAAUGGUUGUGCAGCACAAGUUGCAUCAGAAAAAGGAUUUUUCUCCUUUAUCAUCAAUCUUCAAGUGCCCGGAUCAACCCACUACAGUAUGGUGUUCUAUUUUGUGACAAAGGAGCUAGUUCCUGGAUCCCUUUUGCAACGGUUUGUUGAUGGUGAUGAUGAAUUCCGAAACAGCAGGUUUAAGCUCAUCCCAUCAGUUCCAAAGGGCUCAUGGAUUGUACGCCAAAGUGUUGGGAGUACUCCUUGUUUACUGGGAAAGGCAGUUGAUUGCAACUAUAUUCGCGGUCCCAAGUAUUUAGAAAUUGAUGUAGAUAUUGGUUCUUCUACGGUUGCUAAUGGAGUUUUGGGGCUGGUUGUUGGUGUGAUUACAACAUUGGUGGUUGAUAUGGCUUUUCUUGUACAGGCAAAUACUCCUGAUGAGUUGCCCGAGAGGCUUAUUGGAGCUGUUCGUGUUUCUCAUUUAGAGCUUAAAUCGGCCAUAGUCCCGAAACUGGAACCAGAUCUAUCUUGAUAACCAACUUCCAGUAAUUCCGGAAGAUAAAGGGAAAUUUUUCAGUAGUGCUGAGUUUCUCCUUCAUGAUAUCUCCCACCACUAAAUGUUGUAUCUACAUUUUAUAGUAAUGGGGAGUUUCUUUCUCCUUCCAAAGAUUCUCCACCCCUAAGGAUUGUAAAUUUGUAACAUUAUCUACUAUGUUCAUUGUUCGAUGAUGGACUAAGUUUGACUUCCACAUCUCAAGUCGUAUUAUAAGACUUAGUAUAUGUUUGGAAAUGAGUUAUGCACACACUCCAAUGCACAUGUGGGCAAACUCUACAUAUUGUUGCUUCCACUAGACAUUGAUUUGGAAAGCAUAAGUGGUGACCAGACUCAUUUCCAAACAUACACUUAUAUUGCUGGUAUGAUGCACGUCAAGACGCUAGAUGAUUGGGUGUCAAUGAAUGGUGCUAGUUGUAUUUCAUUUACACAAUCUCUUAUAUGAUUUACUAAAUUGCAUUGGUA